UUGUGGCACAACGUCGCGACCAUGAUGUCACACAGUAGCAGAAAAGAUAACAUUGAUAUUAUUAUGAUAGCCGUUAGGAUGGUAUUAGCGAUGCUGUGUGUUAAUGGCUGGCGUUUACGUUCGACGUCGCGUUAACGUUGCUGACGACAAAGUUAACAGCGAUGGUCGUCGAAGACGUUAGCCGGUAUGUGCGUUAUGCUCUGUCAGCCUACACCUGUCUGUGGCUAACAAAAGCGUCGCUGUUUUUGUCGCCUACUUGUAAUGGCCUGUUGACCUUGUUACCCAAAAAGCUGAAGCUCACAGGCACCAAAAAUAUAUGCACAUCACGCCGGGUAGUCAUGGCAUUAUGAUGAGCGCAUAUGGUAAAUUAAAGGUGUUACCGAACCUUUCAUCGAAACGUGUGUACCUUCAGCUAUUCAGCAGUAACCUAACACAGCAAAACGGGCCACAACUACGAAGGAUAUAGAAACUCCGUGAGAAAGAUUCCUCGCAGAUACGCUCGCCACACACGACGUGUCCAGGAUACGCGGUGUUUAAUAUACAGCGGUUCUUGUGGCUUGCUUGUAGUGGUUGUGAAAGAAGGGGAAUGAAAUAGAUUGAAAUCUAGUAGUGUCCCAUUCUAGCUCCUUAGGUUCGACGAAAUUGGUCUGUGCAUAUAUAAUAAAAAUUAUAGGUGUCGAAAAGCACACCAAUGUCCAUAUGCAGAUUAUAUAUAGUAUGCAGGCUAGUAAUUGGAAAGUUGCCGUACAGCGGAGGCUAUUCUCCAUACCGAAUCCGUUAUUGUGCUAUCAUAACCGAUGAGUGGGAAUACCUGCAACGUAUUUGGUGAUUAUCAGUCAUCAUUUGUGGUGGGAUAUCUGUGCCGUUGAUACUAUUACGACGACCUAUUCUAGGAAGGCUUUACUGUGCAAUGCUUACAGGAGCUGCUACUCCUGAAAGAAAUGGUUUGGCUAUCCUUUCGUGUGCUGAAGUGACGUGAAUAGGAGAAAGCUUCGUGAUAUUACAUUAUCUCUCACCAUGGAUUCAUCACCAACCUCAACUCUCGGAUGUUUCGGUUGCUUCCGCAAAGUUAACCAGCGGACCGCAAGAUCUUACAUCUCAUCGGGGUAUUAUGGUACAAACGGAUUCAAGUACCUUCCAGUAAAUGGACAAGGUCACCUUACUACGAAUGGGGUCAACGGCGCUGUGACGGUUGGUCCGCGACCCUCAACGCUGAACGCCACACAAUUCAAGGGAGGUCCUCCGUUAAACGAAACUGGCGCCGGCAGUCCACAAUAUGUAAGCAUCGACCAGGCGUCGGAAAUGAGUCGGAGAGCUAUUGUCGAUAAAAAGAGAUCCAUGCUCUACGUUCAAAGGACAACGUCCGGUACAAAUGACUCGGGCAUUGGACGAAGCUCGGGUCGCGAACUAAGUGACGAAAGUUUCUCGCGACACCAGCUAACGUAUGCUAACGUUCACAAAUCGUCAAAGCCUUUGUAUCCAUCAAUUCUUCAUCCGGCGUUACAGGAACAACUGUCGUUAAGCGCAUUGUCUUCGCCGGGUGGAUGUCGCGUCCCUCGACGGGCCUCGUCUAACCAGAUUGCCCAAGCCCCACGAGGCACAGGUACCCCUCAGCGAUCCACGAGCCAACGGUUUGAUCCGACUGGCGCGAAAGCCUCGCUUAUGAUAAACAAUCAAAAUGGCCAACAUCAGCCGCCCGUGCCUAUACACCGAGAUCACGCGAGGAGUUUCAGAAGUUCGUACCUGUCAAACGAAUCAUCGGAAACGGGAUCUGACGAAAAUAAUGCAGAUUCGACACUCGCCCGUGAAAUGGCUCUUCUUAAGCUGGAACUAGAAAUGGUUCGACUAGAGUGCGAAUCAAUUAUGCGACAACAGGCUCGAGCAAACUCCUAUUCACAUCUCAAUAAACAGCACUGUAAUGGUCGUUGCUGCUAUCACCAACAUGGCAGUGGGGGCGGUUCCAGUGGAAGCGUUUAUGGUGAAGCUCACAUCUAUGACGAUGUGCAUACCUAUUCAAGGGGGCCUAGGCCCGCUUUUUCGCACAAUUACGUCAACGUGCCUUACGUGACACCGUUCGGAGCGCUUGACCACGAACCAACUACGAGUCAUGGUCUGCCAAGCCACGCCACACGGUUCAAUGCUACCCCUAUUGACGUACUGAGACUUCGACAAAGAAGUAGCUCCGCUAGUCCAAGUCGAUUUGCACGAGGGGUUUCGGAAAGUCAUUCAAUGAUGGAUAUGCCCCGUCGAGGGACAUCGCCCUCGCCUUCGCCGCUGGUACACGGAGAUGUUAAUGGUCAUCAUUUGCAGCAGCAGCACCAUCAUCAGAAUCACCGUUCUGCAGCCCAAAACGGGCUUUCUUCGCACAGCCACCAUGGCGCCGCCCCAGCGGGGGUCCAAUCGGCUGUGUCGGUGGGGGUCAACCACCGCCAACAAACGGUAUCGCCAGGACAAUCUUACCUCUACCGACCUCAUCGAAGCUGCUCAAAUCCGGCGAUCAAAAAAAUCGAAGAUCAACCGCCGCUUCCGCCCAGAGAACAUAUUAGCCAUAAGCCUCCCUCGUCGGCUGUGUUUGGUUCUAGUUCACCCUCGGUUCAUGGGGCAUUAGCCUCAGUAGCGUCGCAUACAGCACAUCCGUGUCCACACGGUUCAUCAGCUAUUCCAAGCUAUCCGUAUAAACACUCGCGAAGUCGAUCGCAUGGCGGCGGCUUUCAACAAUACCAGAAUCACUUCCAGCAAAGCAUUCCCACGGUGCAAGAGCAGAGCGGCAGCUCCAGAGAACAACUUGACAAUUGCAGCAGUGACGACAGCCGCAGUGUAACACCGGUAGCGGAUUAUGAGGGUCACUCUUUACCGUCAACUCCUGGUACUCAAUCGCCGUGUCCAGCGUCGGAACCCAUCGCUGGCCCGCAUGCCCGCAGGCCGAUGGGCACGCCCGGACCACCGAGCAGCGGAGGUAGCAUUCCCCAACAGCAAAUCCACCACCAGCGGGCGAUUCAGCCCACAUCACCUCAUCACCAAGACACAAGGGAGCACCGACCCAAAUGGGACCGCGAGCGUGAGCAGCAGAGUACCCACUAUAACUCACCUUCGUCUAACUGCAAUAGCCCACGCUAUAGUCGGGAGCGGACCGUCGAUGAGGCCAACGAAAGUAUGCAUGAUAUGAUGCAUCUGCUGGCUCACCUGGACGAAACUCGGCGUCUGCAGUCGCGGCUGCAGAUGCAGGAGACACUUCCGCACGACCCAAGGUGGCCAAUCAAUCCAAACCUAAAUCCGGAGCUAGCUCGCGACCGUGAUAAACUCAAGGAGAAAAUUAAACGCAAACGAGAACGGGCACAGAAGCGACGCGAACAACAACAACAACAGCAACAACAACAACAAUCUUCGAAUUUAGUCAAUAGAACAGAUACAAUGAGCACCAAUGAAUCAGAAUAUGGCUUCCUGCCUGGACGACACAGCCGAAAGUCCCGCCAAGAUUUCUAUGACCGGCCGACGUCCCCAGAGACCCCGGCGUGUGAGGAGGUAGCGGAUGCAGAAGCGACGGCUACGACACCGAAACAAGAACGAGGAACAUCCAUCAGUGAAGACACGGGAAGCAGGUCUGCUACGCCGGUCAAUGAAAAACAAGAAGACAAGACUGGGGCGGAGGAGAACGUGGUCGAUGAAAGUGGUCUAGUAAGCCCAUCACUUCUGCCUAGCCCCGGGUCCGGGUUGAGUAGUCCCGUCAGUUCAGGGAAUGGGAAUUCGUUGCCAACACCGGGCUCUGUUAUAACUGCCCUGAUGAUUUCAUCUUCAACAAAUGCGAGUCCCACCCAGAUGAUACUACAAGGUGGAGGCAACAACAACGGUAGUGGGGGCCUGCCCACAAAGGACCCCAUCAAGGAGCAUACGCCAAACGUAAAAGAAGUCAAAGAUAUACGUGACAUCAAAGAUAUACUUCGAGAGAAGCAGGCCAAGCAGCAGAUGUUGUUGCAACAACAGCAACAGGCAGCUGGAAAAAACACGAUAGCUGAUAAAACUGUCAAAUUACAACAAAUUAAAACGGAAGAGUCUUGUGGCACGGUGUCUACGACACUCUAAAUACAAAAGACACGGCAUAAUAUGUACUAUAAAUGAUCCUGGUGGCCAUCUUUCGUCUAUGGGACACACGGAAUUCAAAAUUAAACUUUAGAAACUCGAAUUUGUCUUAACUGUUACGGAUAGUUAGUGACAACAUAAGGAAAUACGAUUCAUCACGAGGUGAUUAAAAGAACACUUUCGCAACUGAAAGUAAGGAACCCCCGGGUAGAGGGUUACCGGCUAUGCUGUUAAACAGUUAAAAACUGAUAUACAAAGCGAAGACAAAGCAGAGCAAGAACUCAAGGUCAACCUUUAAGUCUAUCUUGAUUGUUUUGUAGACCGUAAUGUCGCACGUAUACGAAUAAAUGUAGGAUGCCUGAGAUGUGCGUUUUGAGUGCUGUCAACUUCGCCUGUUUUAGCGAAGUUGUCAAUGUGGAUAGAAGACCAAAUACCUCUAUUAUCGAUAAGCCGAGAGUGGACCCACUGAUAAUGUACGUCUGAUAUUUGCCUGUGGAGGAAACGAACCUUGAUAGUUGUCGCCGCACCUGUCUGCACCGCUUAUUCACUUGUAUAUAUUACAAAAUCUCUAGAUACAUACAUACACAAAGGCUUAGGGGAUAUGUGCGCCCUACUGAUUGUACUGAGUAUGUAUGCAACACAAGAUUCAAUCACAGGUUCAAAUCCUUACAGGACGGCUAAUGGUAACACAAAUAUUAAAAAUUGGGCAAUUGUUAUCGAAUAGACAGUACCGUUACCAGAUGAACUCAUAGCAGAGUGACGAGGUGGUGGGAACAGGAUGAACAUAAUAAUAAUAGGGUCCAGACAAGCCUCUGUCGCAAUACAACGGUCUACCACUGCGACACAACGGUAACGAAUCUAAGCGGAAAAAAAAAUACAGUUAGUAAAAACCCAGAAAAGCGGGUUGUUGGGAAACAUUUUACAAAAAGAAACGUCAUGUGCAACGCUAUAAUACAUACAGGAACAACUGUCAUUGACGAAAAUAGAAAAGGGAUACAGACGACUAAACGAACUAGUGCUACGCUAAUAUCCGGCCUGACGAAGUCGCGGAGCUUGGGUCACACACAAACGCCUAAACAAAAAGCCUAUUGAUUAGCGCAGAGAUAUCCAUACAUACGGAUGCUAGAACCCACCAAUAGAGAACGCGCACCGAGUAGUUCAGAUUAAUAUUAACAAGUCUUACCUAUAAGAUUUAUGAGUUAUUCAGUAUAUUAUAGGGGCUAAAAAAAUGCUUGAUUAACAUCGUAAACUCAUUAUGUAUUGGACCCAGUUCGAUACCAACUACCGUGUUAAUAGCCCAAACACAUACAAAAGUGAUGCGAAUAGAAAAAAUGCCCCACAGAACAGACCUAUAAGGGAUUUCAAAAUGAGUCGAUGCUGACAAAAUAUCCUCAUCAUAAUUAUUAGUAUGGGGGACAGAAAAACGUGCAAAUGAAUACGGGGAGCACGUAAGCAUGCGUGAGAGAUUCAGCGAACGUGUAAACAGAGGGGUUAGCGCUAAUCUUUCCGCGAGUGUAAAAUUGUUUAUCGACGACAAGUAAUAAUAAUAACAACAAUGAAACUGAACGAAUCAUGGGAUCGUAGAUGGGCAUGUAAUAAUAUGAAAGAUAGCAGUGAAAGUAGAAUGAUGAACCCGGUCUGGAUUUCGUCGAAUCCCUCGAUGAGAGCGGUACGUGACACACGGUUCGUGCAUCGUGAUCGCGUCUGUGGUUGCGCAUGAAGCUCUGAAGCUCUUUGACACAGAUUACCAUGUUUACCUCUUGGUCGUUGUCUGGCGUAAGCGGCGGAUCGACUAGAAAAUACGACGCAGCCGAAAGACAACCUGAACGUAUAGAAGCUGAGAUGUAUGAUAAUGGCGUGUAGACGUGCAUUGAUAAAAAACGAAAGAGAAAAUUACGAAACAAAAGCAGAUUAUGCACUUGGCGGUGCUUGUCGGUUCGUCAAUCCGCGUUAGCGUCAAGAAGAAUUAUCUGGUUUCUUGAUGGCGCUGACGAUUGCUCAUACGCCAAUGGUAGAUCUAUACAGUUUUUUAACAGGGAAUUUUAUUACUUUAGUCCUUUUUGUUCACGGCGUAAUGCCAGUUGCAGCGUUUUCCAAACGCAACACUAUAUAAUCGAUCUAUUUUGGUAUCAUUUUUAUAUGUAGUGGGCUUAAUUAAUCCAAAUCUAGAUUGAAGCUUUAGCCAAUUCGGGUCGAGGUCGUGUGUUUGUAAGCGUGUUUUGUUAUUAGGUUUCUUAAUUGUGUAUGUCCGUUUGUUCGAGGGGGAAUUCGUGCUAGAAUUGGCACCAGUAUAAGCUAAUCGAUAACCGACUUUCGUCCGCAUCGGCUUCAUGCCGAACAGCUUCGCCGACGUGUCGACCCUGUUUCCAAAUAGGUGUUAGGAUAGGACGGUCCAACCGAUUUAACCUAGGUAAGGCUCAUGUAGAACGUCAAUACAGCGACCUACGACUAAUUCGAUUCUAUCAAACCCAGGAGACAAGAGUGAUCUAAUCGAUAAAACUAAUAAACAGGCUGACUGUAUGUUGCGUCCUGUACCAUCAUCUGGCUCAUCCUAUGCUAAAUGUGGAAUCUGCCUGCACGAAAUCCAAAUCCGAAGCUGGUUGUCCUAGUGGACAAGAACUUUGAAAAAAUCCGUACAAUGGAUUAGUAUCUCGAUCCAUACGAACGCACUGAUGGUCUCUCAGACCAAAGCAAGGGCUGUUUGAAAUAAGCAAGUGUGCUAAAUACACGACAACAGGGAGAACCUCUAAAUUUUUACUUAUUCCAACGGGAAUUCUUAUAAUAUUGCAAUGUGUAAAGCUUCACCAGAUUUCACCUUGGUCAUCUCUACGAUGCGUGACUUUUACAAUACCUCAAACUAUACCCUGCGUAGAAUUAGCCGCAAGCUGCUACCGUAGCUUUAUUUCGCGCAACUAUUACCAUGACUUUAUUAUUAAAUAAAAAGGUGAGGUCAUUAAUGUUGGCCUUAUCUUUUUAUUUAGUGACAUCGAUACGAUCUGCUAACAAUUGACUCAAGCGGAAAAUUCUCUGUUUUAAUGGCAAAAUCGCAGCAAAAUUGUGUGGGCUAUGCUUGUGAGGGAGUGUUGGAAACGGACGUGAUAUAUACGGGCUAUAUGUAGCAGAAGACAUAGAAAGUCACCAGCGGAUGUAGCUAAGCCGGAAACCGUAACGAAGCUAUGCUAUGAGCUGCAAUGAUAGAUAUAAGGAAUAAAUUGUAUGUAGUUUGAGAUGUAUGUGUGUGUGCUACGGUAUAUAAUUGCAUUCAACUGAGGCAAAGAAGACAACCAAACUGAAGUGAAGAGUUAAUAUAUGUAUCGAUCAUCGUCAGUAACAGUAUAUAGUGCAUGCUGGACAAAGAAGCACGGACGAAGAUCACAUUCAAACGAGGAGUGAGAUGGAAUAAUAGUGAUUAUAAUGAAAAUAUAAAUUUGGAUGCGGAUAUAGUGUAAAGCGAGGUUUAUGUGGGCCUGUGGCCAAAAACAGAGUAGAAAUGCCACGGCCGUCCAAAGACACGACGCAAAGCUAUAAGGGAAAACCAUUUAUGGAACAAAUGCGGCUUAGAUAAUAGCAUGGAGUAUUGCACUGCGGCAGUACGUUGCGAUCGCUAAUCAAAUGUUAAUCAAGACAAAUGUUACACGACUGCAAAUAAAUUAUAAGGGAAAAGUAAUGAAGGAUAAAGGA